CGAAAAUCAACUCUUCCGUAGCGGCUUAGCACUUCGCAUCGCGCGUGCUUUCAGCUUGUUACGAGAAUCAUUUAACGCACAAUGGCAUCUUUCUUACUGAAACGAUGCCGAAUUUCCUCGCUGACAAGGGCACACGAGCUGAUUACCUCCGCGAACGCCACUAGAUCUAGAACAUUGUCCUUUGCACAGCACGUAGACGAAUUUAGCAUCAAGAAUGAGCCUAUCCUGGGCUACCUUCCUGGCAGCAAAGAACGCAAUGCUCUCGAAGAGUCACUUAACAGGCUCUCGAACACUUGCACGGAGGUCCCCAUCGUUAUUGGAGGGAAAGAAAUUAGAACUUCGGAAGAACGACAUCACGUAGCACCGUUCGAUCACUCCAAAAAGGUUGCAAAGUACUACUGGGCCAACGAGCAAAUCAUCCAACAAGCGAUCGACAAUUGCAUGAACGCUCGUGAAGAAUGGGAAGCGCUUCCAUUAAACGACAAAGUGAAGCUGUUCUUGAAGGUGGCUGACCUCGUCAGCGGGAAAUACCGUUACGACCUUGUUGCUGCAACGAUGAUCGGUCAGGGAAAAACUGUAUUCCAGGCAGAAAUCGAUGCUGCUGCGGAAUUGGCAGACUUCCUCAGGUUCAAUGCUUUCUUUGCAAAGGAACUAACAAAGUACAAACCUAUCAGCACCGAUCCAUCUGUGUGUGUAAAUCACUACAGACAAAGAGGUCUUGAGGGCUUCAUGACGGCAAUCACGCCUUUCAACUUCUCUGCUAUUGGUGGGAACUUAGCAUCCGCACCCACACUGAUGGGAAAUGUUGUCAUCUGGAAGCCAUCAGAUACUGCGGUGCUUUCUAACUACCUCAUAUACAAGGUGUUUCAAGAGGCUGGCUUUCCACCCGGUGUCAUUAACUUUGUCCCCGCAGACGGAAAGCUUUUUGGGGAUGUCACCAGUGCAUCUCCGCACCUUGCCGGUGUCAAUUUCACUGGCAGCGUCGGGACGUUCCGAACUAUUUGGAAGCAAGUUUCACAAAACUUGGAGAUUUAUCACAAUUUCCCGAGGCUAGUAGGGGAGUGUGGUGGCAAAAACUUCCAUUUCAUACACCCAUCGGCCGACAUUGAAUCUGCCAUCGCGUUAACGGUUCGGUCUGGAUAUGAAUACAGCGGGCAAAAAUGCUCCGCUGCGGAACGUGUCUACAUUCCAGAAUCCUUGUGGUCCAAGAUGAGAGAUGGCCUCGUGAGUGCCGUGAACUCUCUGAAGAUAGGUUCGCCGCUUGAGUUUGACACGUUCACUUCUGCUGUGAUUGAUAAAAAUGCUUUUAAAAAGAUCUCGUCGUACGUCGAUUACGGCAAGUCAAACCUCAAGGUCUUGGCUGGGAGCAGCUGUGAUGACAGCAAAGGCUACUACGUUCAGCCCACUAUCUUCCACACAGCAGAUCCUACAGACAAACUCAUGAAGGAGGAAAUCUUUGGCCCCGUUUUCACCGUUUACGUUUACCCAGAGAAAGACGUGCAGGGGGCGCUCAAGUUGGCACGGGAUACUGCACCGUUUGGUCUCACUGCCGCUAUCUUUGGCAGGGAUGAAAACUUCCUGAAGUCAGCAUGUGAAAUGCUGAAAAUGACUGGUGGUAAUUUCUACGUCAACGACAAGUCAACCGGAGCUGUGGUUGGGCAGCAGCCGUUUGGAGGAGCGAGGAUAUCAGGGACCAAUGACAAGGCCGGCGGUCCGCACUACCUCCUGCGCUUCAGCUCCGCACAGACGAUUAAGGAAACCAAAGUACCGCUCACAGAUAUUGUAUACCCUUACAUGAAAUCUUAAAUCUUGCACCAGCCAUUUUUUUUUUAAAGUGCAUUCUGAGCCAGAUAUAAGCGUGUAAAAUAUGUUAAUGUCUUCCACUACUUAGGGGGCGAUCCCUCUGAUGCCUGAAAUAUUGAAUCAUAUACGACAGUUGCUAGAGGACUGAAAAUUAUUCCUGCAACACUGCAGGAACUAUUAACUGCUGUGCAGUGUAUACAUGUAUGCUUGUCGAGGAAAUAUUAUGCGCAUCUCGUAGUGAUCUACUUCAUUGGGUUGCAAGGGCGACGAUUUGCAUUGACACGUCCUUGCUACAGCAAACAAGGGAUCGAAAUUUAUCUCUAGUGACGAAGGGAUCUAGGUGUACUGUUAGUGAACUGAGGUGACUACGCAUAGUUAUACAAUUGCGUUUUCAGGACACCUGUUUUUUUAUUUGUUUUUUUCUAAAUCCGGAGGGGGGAGGUCGGGUUUUACGUUAGGUGCCGCAAAAUCUGGUAGUAUCACACGAAAUGGCAGAUUUUUGUUUGGGAAAAAAAAUCAACAAACUGAACAUUACAACAACAACAACAUGAACAACGUGUGUGGCUAGAAGGGGCACAGAGUGGGAAGUGUUUAAUGUUCAUCUCUGCCUGUACAAGUUUCUGUUUGUGCACUGGCAAGUUUCGUUGUCAGGUUUUUCUGUGUUUUACCCGAUCUAAUGGCGGUGCCGAGCUUGAGGUAAAAAAAAGGUUUUACUGUGUUUAACCGAAAGUACACGGCUCUACGUGUCGUCGGUAGUUAACGAAAUUGAGUACUCUGGAACCCCUCUUUUGAACGUGUUGCUCUUGUGUAAGUUGGUCGCGCUCUGAUUGCAGUCAUAGUACUAUGAUUAAAAGAUUUUAUUGUGUUAAGAUUA